AUACUCUAAAACAAGUGUGACAAUACUUGUCAUGAUAAUAAUCUCCUGUGACCAUAAAUGGACAAAUGCAAGGAAACAAACACUUUGCACUCACUGAUUUAUGUGCGUUUUUUUAACGAACGCGAAGAAAAGGUUUUGACGAAUAAAGCCUGAAGUGUCACAAGUAAAGUCCGUCAUAUGGAACUUCCUCAAAUGAAGCCAUUGCACAAACUGGGAAGACACGUUGAAGUGCAGAAGACAGAAGACAAGUGGACACACACGCACGCACACACACAAAGGGGCUCUUGUCUGUGAACCGAAAAGUGAACAGACUGGCAUUGCUGAAAAACACAGAGAAGAGGUGGAAAUAAGUUUGCUGCUGUCAAAGUGAGAGAACAGCUGAGAAGUUGGGAUGAUUCUUCGCGUCUGGUCUGCUCUGCUCCUCCACAUGAGCGUCUGCAGGGGACAAGCAUCACAGAGCGACGACGCCUGCGCGGGCGGAUUCUGCAUCUACCUCGGCAGCAGGCAAAUAACAUCCGAGGCGGGACUCUGCGCCGUCUUGCGGUGUUCGUACUCCGCCAAAAACUUGACCCCGCAGAGCGUGGUUUGGUUCAAAUGUGACCACGAAAAAAAACCCUGCACCGACAUAGUAUUCCACUCCAAGAACAUGAACAAAACGAGGAACAGCUUCAAGGGGAAGAUAUCACUGCUGGAGCAGGAUGUGAGUCGCAAGAACUGCAGCAUCAUCAUCCACGACCUCAGCCAGUCUGAUUCGGGAUUCUAUCAGCUCCGAAUUAAUGGCCUCUUUAACGGGAAAACUGAUGGAUUCUCCUUCAACCAGCACAGGGUACAGCUAAGCGUAAAAGAGCUGAAGCAGAAGCCCACGGUGUUGAUCCCCACCCUGACCGCGGGCCGACCCGCCGCGCUCACCUGCACCGCCCCCGGCCUCUGCCCCGGGGACGCCCCCGCCUUCAGCUGGACGUGGAGGCCAGCAGGGGACGACUCCUCCCACGUCCUCCCGGGGAACCUCACGGUCGCUCGCCAGGAUCUGCCUGACUUCGCGCAACGACACAGCGCCACCUUGACCUUGAACCCUUCCGCCAGGCAGCAUGGCGCCCGGGUCACGUGCACAGUCGCCUUCAAGGGGGACAACGCGACCACGGAGGAGACGGCCACGCUAAAUGUGACUUACGUGAAGACGCCGUCCAUCACAGGGCAGACGACAGCAAAGGAAGGCGAGACGCUGAAUCUGAGCUGCAGCGUCGACAGUUUCCCACCUUCUCGCGUGACGUGGAGUUUUCUAGAUUCCGACACAACAAAGCCGCACACAGAGCUGACCCAAUCUGUCAGCACCGCCUACCUCGUCAUCCCGAAUGUGGCCGCCGUCCAUUCCGGCCGCUACGUGUGUACGGCGAAUCACAGCGCGGCGACAAUGACGGCGCACGUCGACAUGACCGUGACCUGGUUCGCGGGGAUCCUGGACGGGUCUGGAUGUGUGAUGCGGGCGACGGGUCUGACCUGCGUGUGCAUCAGUCGCGGGGUUCCUCAUCCCGUUGUCACGUGGCCUUCGCUGGAGAACCAAACCGAGUACCACGCGGGCACCAUCGUGUCCAACGACACCGUUAGCGGCAUCGCUCUGACUUUCGGAGGCCGCCACCUUUCUGCUGUUGAGUGUGUCAGCAGCCAUGAAGACGGGCAGGCAAAGAAAUUCCUCGGCAUUGAAAUGAAAACAUUAGAACCUGAAGACUCACGAGUGGAAACCCUUGCAAUUGUGCUGCGGGCCGACGUCAUCAUUGCAUUUUGGGUCGGAAUGCUUCUUUCCGCCAUCUUGUGCUUGUUGCCGAUGAUCUGCUGCAGCUGCAGACAAACUAAGAAAAACUCUUACCCGCUGGAUUUGGAAAUGGUGUCCCCACUGGAGGAACCAGAGGAAACUGACCCCGAGAGGGAUGAAGGAGAAGGCGGCGACGUCAACGGCGAGGACAAAGCUGACGUGGACUACGCCGACAUCAACUUCUCUGCGCUGAGGAGAAACAACACCGGGGAGGCGGCGCCCAAGCACGAGGCUACGGAGUACGCGGAGAUCAAGAAAGCCGGCUGCAGAAAUGACGGCGAAUCCGAGCAGUUGAUGGAAUGUCAGAGAACACGGGAGGGCGGACCUCAGUGCUCCGAGCUGAAAGAGGACGAGGAGGUCCUGUAUUCAAAUGUAGAGGAAACAAUGAUGUGCAGCGACGUCAUCGAUGGUCAUGGAGAUGAUUGAACUCCAACUUUUUUUUUUCCCCUAAACCAGGGGUGUCAAACUCAAAUACAGAGUGGGCCAAAAUUUUAAACCAAAGGUUGAACAAAUUAACCUUUUAAUAGGGACCCAAACAAGUUUUGCAUUGAAUAUUGAACAAGCAAGGCUUAUAUAACUUUAUAGUGACAUGCAAAACUGAGUUUCAAAUAAUAACAGUAAUAAAAAAAUAUCAAUGGCAUAUCACAUAAAAUUUAAAUAAAAAUUGAAUGCCUCUAUUUGCAGCCUUCUGAGGUAAAUAUCAAAAGAAACUUUUUCCAAAGGCCAAUAAAGUAAAAAAUUUAAAGUAAAAUAACGAUAAGGAAUGAAUCAAACAUUCAAGCCUUGAGGUAGCAAGAGAAAGUGAAUGAAUAAAACUUUAAUUAUUGCUCAGUUUGCUACACUGAUUUGCUUUAACAACGCUUGUACAACCUAAUAGUGCAAAAUCAACUUUCAAAAAACAAACCAAAAAACAUCACAGAAAUAACAUUUAAAUAAAAAAUGUAAUGCCUCUUUUGUAUUUGCAAAUAUUAACAUUAACUUUUUCCACUAGCUAAUAAAUUUGAAAAUAAAAUAACAAUGAGGUGGUCGGGGUUGGGAGGUGGCGGGGUUCGGUGGUAGCGGGGGUGAAUAUAUUGUAGCGUCCCGGAAGAGUUAGUGCUGUAAGGGGUUCUGGGUAUUUGUUCUGUUGUGUUCAUGUUGUGUUUCGGUGCGGUUGUUCUCCCGAAUUGUGUUUGUCAUUCUUGUCUGGUCAAGGUUCACAGUGUGGCGCAUAUUUGUAACAGUGUUGAAGUUGUUUAUACAGCAACUCUCAGUGUGACCUGUAUGGCUGUUGACCAAAUGUGCAUUGCAUUCACUUUUGUGUCUGUGUGUACAAGCCGCAUAUACUAUGUGACUUGGCCGGCAUGCUUUAUGUAUAGAAGAAAAGCGGACGCUAAAGGCAGUGCCUUUAAGGCACGACCCCAAUAUUGUUGUCCGGGGAGAAAUUCGGGAGAAUGGUUGCCCUGGGAAAUUUUCGGGAGGGGCACUGAACUUCGGAAGUCUCCCCGGAAAAUCAGGAGGGUUGGCAAGUAUGAGUAUAAGCGGUGAAUGUGGUGUUGCAGCGGCACCGCCGCUGUAUAAUACCGGCGGGCCAGCUGUAAUUUUAAUUUGAUAUUGCCUCAAGGGCCAAAUUUGGCCCGCGGGCCAGAGUUUGACACCCAUGCCCUAAGCAGUGCAGUACCAUUCAUGGCUGAACCACAUCUUACAGGAGCCUAACAUAUGUACUAAGGCUGUGAAUCUUGGGGCACCACACGAUUCAGUUUGAUUCUAGUGGGUAACCAUUCCAUUCAGAAUCGAUUCUUGAUUCAAAAUCAAUAUUUAGUAACAUUUUAGUAUGGGGAACAUAUUGUAAGUAACUACGACUUAAUUAAGAGUUAUUUGGACACUCUGGGAACAUAUUGUAAGUAAUAAAGAUCUCCUUUAGAGUAUAAGGCAUUAAUAAGUACUUAAUAAUGACUAAUUAAGACCCAAUAUUGUUAUGAUCCGUCGCCCGGAUCAUACAUUGUUUUGGUUUUUGAGUCCUUUUGUGUUUCUUGUUUGUUUUUGGACUCUUCCGAUCCCUAGUUUGGCACUUCCUUAUUUAUCUCGUCUCCAUGGUCUCAUAUUUGUUCCACCUGCCACUAGUUUUUCGACGCGCACCUGUUUUCUGAUUGCGGCCAUUAUUUAAGCCUGCCUUCUCCCUUUGUUCAGCCUGGAUCUUUUGUUUGCUAUAAGCCAGGGGUUCUCAACCUUUUUUCAGUGAUGUACCCCCUGUGUGUCACGCUUUGAUAAAAGGAUUGGACUCAGAUGCAGAGUCGAGAAAAACCAUUAUCUAUAAUCACAAAAAUAAACUACUCGGCGAAAAGGUUCCAGAAAAAGAAGGAACAACCGAAAAUCACUCCGAACGGAGGAAAACACAAAAGUAAAGACGAACUAUAAACAGUAUUUAACAAAAAACGCUCCGACAGGAGGACCAAAACAACAUCUGUGAAAAUAUCUACACUACCUAAUCUAAUAACAAAAAUAGUCACUCAAAAAGUUGAGGAAUGAAUGAAAAACUUUUAACUGAAACUUACCACUGCGGCUGAAUAACUAAAUAAUCAAAAUCACUCGCCAGCGCCCCCCGCGACCCCAUAAAAGGGAAUAAGCGGUAGAAAAUGGAUGGAUGGAUGGACUCUGCUGAGGAGGAAGAAAGGAAAACUCAAAAUACUCAUAAAGGGGUUCAGGAUCAAGGGACAUAAGCACAAGACAAGGCAAGGCAUGGACAAAGACAUGGACGCUAGAGAGCACAAAUAAACGAGACGAUCUGGCACAGAACAAAGGAAGGAGUGAGCUUAUAAACACAUGAAGGUAAUAGGGAACAGCUGGAAACAAUCAGAGAACAGGGAUGACGUCAGACUGAUGACACAAAAGGAAGAGCAAGUGACCUGAAACGAGAGGAGAGUUACUUUUCAAAUUAAAACCAUAAGACAAAAAACCCCCAAAACAAGACAUCCUUCAACGCGGUGUGACACUGUGAACAUUUUUUUUUAAUUCAAGUACCCCCUAAUCAGAGCAAAGCAUUUUUGGUUGAAAAAAAGAGAUAAAGAAGUAAAAUACAGCACUAUGUCAUCAGUUUCUGAUUUAUUAAAUUGUAUAACAGUGCAAAAUAUUGCUCAUUUGUAGUGGUCUUCUUUGAACUAUUUGGAAAAAAAGAUAUAAAAAUAACUAAAAACUUGUUGAAAAAUAAACAAGUGAUUCAAUUAUAAAUAAAGAUUUCUACACAUAGAAGUAAUCAUCAACUUAAAGUGCCCUUUUUGGGGAUUGUAAUAGAGAUCCAUCUGGAUUCAUCAACUUUAUUCUAAACAUUUCUUUACAAAAAAGAAACCUUUAACAUCAAUAUUUAUGGUGUGGUUUUCGUCCUGGUCGUGGAACUGUGGACCAGCUCUAUACUCUGGGCAGGGUUCUUGAGGGUGCAUGGGAGUUUGCCCAACCAGUCUACAUGUGUUUUGUGGACUUGGAGAAGGCAUUCGACCGUGUCCCUCGGGAAGUCCUGUGGGGAGUGCUCAGAGAGUAUGGGGUAUCGGACUGUCUUAUUGUGGCGGUCCGCUCCCUGUAUGAUCAGUGUCAGAGCUUGGUCCGCAUUGCCGGCAGUAAGUCGAACACAUUUCCAGUGAGGGUUGGACUCCGCCAAGGCUGUCCUUUGUCACCGAUUCUGUUCAUAACUUUUAUGGACAGAAUUUCUAGGCGCAGUCAAGGCGUUGAGGGGUUCCGGUUUGGUGACCGCAGGGUUAGGUCUCUGCUUUUUGCAGAUGAUGUAGUCCUGAUGGCUUCAUCUGACCGGGAUCUUCAUCUCUCACUGAAUCAGCACGUCCAAGUCCGAGUCCAUGGUUCUCGCCCGGAAAAGGGUGGAGUGCCAUCUCCGGGUUGGGGAGUAGACCCUGCCCCAAGUGGAGGAGUUCAAGUACCUAGGAGUCUUGUUCACGAGUGAGGGAAGAGUGGAUCGUGAGAUCGACAGGCGGAUCGGUGCGGCGUCUUCAUUAAUGCGGACGUUGUACCGAUCCGUUGUGGUGAAGAAGGAAUUGAGCCGGAAGGCAAAGCUCUCAAUUUACCGGUCGAUCUACGUUCCCAUCCUCACCUAUGGUCAGGAGCUUUGGGUCAUGACCGAAAGGAUAAGAUCACGGGUACAAGCGGCCGAAAUGAGUUUCUGUGGCGGGGCUCUCCCUUAGAGAUAGGGUGAGAAGUUCUGCCAUCCGGGAGGAACUCAACGUAAAGCCGCUGCUCCUCCACAUCGAGAGGAGCCAGAUGAGGUGGUUCGGGCAUCUGGUCAGGAUGCCACCCGAACGCCUCCCUAGGGAGGUGUUUAGGGCACGUCCAACCGGUAGGAGGCCACGGGGAAGACCCAGGACACGUUGGGAAGACUAUGUCUCCCGGCUGGCCUGGGAACGCCUCGGGAUCCCCCGGGAAGAGCUAGACGAAGUGGCUGGGGAGAGGGAAGUCUGGGUUUCCCUGCUUAGGCUGUUGCCCCCACGACCCGACCUCGGAUAAGCGGAAGAAGAUGGAUGGAUUUAUGGAACAUGUCCACAACAAAUCUAGCUGUCAACACUGAAUUUUGCAUGGUUGCAUUUCUUUUCACAGUUUAUGAACUUACUUUCAUAUUUUGUUGAAGUAUGAGCCAAUAAAUAUACUUAUAAAGGAUUUUUAAAUUGUUGCUAUUUUUAGAAUAUUUUUAAAAAAAUCUCACGAACCCCUUGGCAUACCUUCAAGUACCCCCAUUUGAGAACCACUGCUAUAAGCUACACUCACGUUGGUAUUUCCUCUACGUCUAUACUCGUGCUAAGUUUCGCCUUAGCUUCUCGUGCGCUCGGCACGUCAAUUUUGGACUCUUGACUCGCUGCUACGUUUAGCGUUAGCUUCCCUUGCAUAGGCACGCACUUUCUUUAGCCGUUUUGUACCAGUGUUAUUUUAUUUUUGUACAUUAAACCAAGCUCUUACCUGCAA